AUGAGCUCCCAGCUCGACUUCCGGCCUCCCGAACGAAUUCUGUGGAUCAUCCUGGCUUAUCUGGCUCAGUUCGUCUUGGUAUUUUCAACUUCGAAUGUCUGAAAACAAGACCCUUUUUCACAUUUUGCCAAUCAGAGUCUUGUACGAGUCAGAAAAGGCGACUAAUCCGAGUAACCAGUGAUAAGCUCGCAGACUCGUUCGUUCUCUGGAUUUCAGAUUUUGGGUGUCACUUUCAGAUUUUUCGGAAGCCUUGGUAGACACACAAAAACUUCCUCUUCUUCCCUUUUUCGUCAUUCUUUUAUUGAAUGUAGCAAGUGCACCGAGAUGAAUUUGAUUUCCGCUCCGAGUCUCAGUCUCUCUUCUCUCUUCUCUUUUCUCAUUCAUACUCAUAUCCAUCCUUUUCUUUACUCUUCUUCAGAUGUACCCGUUCAACAGAACCACAUCGAUCCAUGCUGAAAACGCGAGUCCGAGUCUGGAAUUGCUGGAUGAAGAUGGAACGAAUAGUAAAAUGUACUCGAAUCUGCACGUUCAGGUCAGCCGGAUAAAUCACUUUUCUCCUACUUUUCCGAGUAAUAAAUCUGGAAAACGAAUGAAUGGGUCAUGGGAGUAGAUUGCUUUUCCGUUCUUUUUUCACGGUGGUGUUAAAAGUUAUCGUUUCAGUUUUUCCAUAAAGCUACAGUAGUUGGUUGACCUCUGAUCAUUGAAGUUCGAUUCCGAGUUCAAAUGACUUAGAAUCUUUGAUUAAAUUGAACUUAGCUCCCUGCGGAAUGUUUAGUGCAAAUGGUAAUGAGCAUGACGUGUCUAGGAAGGACGUUUUCGGUCAUCCGUGGGACCCAAAUGUACCCAAAUGCUUCUUGAUCCUUGCUUUGCCACCAGAAAUAGAACAAGCCCGAUUCUGUGGAAAACACGCGAUCGUAAUGGCUCAACUGUGCUCGCAACUCGCGUGUAUUCACCCAUAAUUCCCUCGCCCUACCUCCUUCUUCAUCCCAUUUUACCCGAUUCCAGAUGGAAAAUCAACUGCAAGAAGUUCAGCAAGCGCCACCCGCAUCGCCCGUCGAAAAAACGAUUCUGGCGUCGAUUCUGGAGAUGUCUAAUAUCAACGACAAGUGGGUCAAGACGCUCGAAACGCCGUCCGGCAAGAAAGAGAAGAAGCAGCGGAGCGCCUCGCUUUUCGAGUGCUCCUGGAGGUAA